AACAUGUUGCUCGUGGUCCUAAAAUACACUCUUCUACUGGCCAUUAUCGGCUGUUUCCUGCUUCCAAUCCAUGGAGCAGGAUCGGAUACUGACCAGGUCCUGCCGCACCGCAUCUACCGACUGCUGGACGGCCUCUCCGGAGGACGCCGGCUAAGUGCCAGCUCCACAUUCGCCCUGCUGCUUUCGCAGUUCCUGAUAAAACAGAAACUGCGCUACGUGGCACCCACGCGUUUCGAGCGGCAGCUCUACUACCAUCUGCUGCACAGGAUGGAGCACAUCAGGAGGGGAUCGGGACCGGUGUCCAGGGAGCAGGGUGUCCACGGGGAUAUUCUCAGCAUUGCCUUUCAGGGAAAUGUGCUACUGCUGCCUCCCUCGCUGAAACUGGGCGAACUGGAUGCCAAUGGGGAGUACGAGCAGCUGGCCGAGGUCUACUCAUCCGUGGUCAACGUGGGCCAGCUCAACAGGACGCAGUCAGACCUCUGCCUCCUGGAAAUUGUGGAAUUGAAGCCACCCGACUGCAAGCUGCUCUCCGGCGUUUGUCUGGAACUCCUGGCCAGUGAUGCACCAGCCUACGGAUACCAGAGAACCCACCAGGUCCUUCUGCUCUACGUGCUGCAGCAUCAGGCCUGUGCCCCCCACCUCAGUCCACCGCAGGUGUACGAACUGCUGGCCAGGAGUCAGUGCGAUGAGGUGGAACGCGAGCAGAACGCCAUCCGGAGCCUGGGGCUGCCAGUCGCAUAUCGCGAUCUGUAUCUGGAGCAAGCCACCAUCUGCGGGCUGUUUGGCUACAAUGAGUUUGUCAAUUGGCGCAACGUAAUGGAAAUUGGCAGCUGGCUGGAGGGGGACUUGCCGAAGGACAUCGAUGUAUUGGCUGAUGUCGACGAUAGUCAGCACAUAAGCGAUUUGGCCUUGGUCUACUACACAAAUGCACUGCUGCUGCUGCACUAAGCCCCUAAUCUAUCGAACAACCCCCCUCCUCAGACAGCGACCUCAUCCAUAAUUUCUGC